UUUGUUCCUUCCAAAUUUUCAAGACUAUUAUAUGUAAACUCAUGAAGCAGAAAUGCAGUUUAUUAACCAGAAGCAACGAGAAAGAAAGAAAAAAAACGAAAAAAUGGCUCAAAUGGCUACUCUGACGGCAAAGCAAGCUAAUGAAUACUUGAACGCAAGGCCAAAAUAUCCGACAAUAUGGUACAAAGUGUUGGCUGGUCGAACCAGCAACCAUAAGGUGGCUUGGGAUGUUGGGACCGGCAACGGUCAGGCUGCUCUUGGGGUCGCUGAUUACUACGAAAAAGUGGUGGCAACUGAUAUAAACGAGAAACAAAUCAGUCUUGCAAAGCCGCACCCAAAAGUCACAUACCUUCACACUCCAGCAUCGAUGUCAGACGACGAUCUAGUGGCUAAACUCGGUGGAGAAAACUCCAUAGAUCUCAUUGUAGCCGCUCAGUCUCUUCACUAUUUCGACCUUAAAAGAUUCUAUGCCAUAGUGAGACGUGUUCUUCGUAAAGAAGGUGGUAUAAUCGCGGUUUGGGUCUACAACGACCUCGUGGUUACCCCAAAGGUUGAUGCCAUCAUGAAACGUUUGGUGGAUUCAACAAAACCGUACAGAACCCCGACUAUGAAUUUGGCGUUUGAUGGUUAUAAGGCAAUAGAGUUUCCUUUCAAAAAUAUAAGAUUGGGGACUCAAGGAAGACCUAAAGCUCUCGAGAUUCCACAUAAGCUUUCGCUUGAUGGGUAUUUAGGGUUUUUUAAAUCCUGGCAGCCUCUAGUGAAGGCUAAGGAGCAAGGAGCAGAGCUUUUAAAACCUUCGAUGAUUAAUGAGUUUAAGGAAGCUUGGGGUGAUCAGAAUCAAGUCAAGGAUGUUGCUUACAGAGCAUUUAUGCUCGCUGGAAAACUCUAGUCAUGUGAUCUGAUGGGCAUAUCGUGGAGAGAGAAAGAACCACAGAAACCAACAAGGUCUUACUAUAAGAAAAUUCAUGAACAAGCCAGGUGUUAGUACUCUAGAGAAACAGAGUAUACACAAGCAUGUUAUUUGAGCCAAUAGCACACUCGAACUCUAAGCCCAAUGAACCAGUGGAGUCUUAUAUGACGACGUUGCAGAUUUCUGCUGAUUUGCUUACUGGUUUUCCAGGAACAGAGAUUAAUUUGUGAUAUGAAUUAUUGAAACCAAGAUGGCGUAUGCGUAUAUGAUGUUGUUAUCUUUGUUCCAUUAAGAUCGAUAGCUUAGAGAGUUGGUAAUUGUAGUUGUCUUAAUUAUUGUUCGGUGAAUCAUACAAGUUGAAUUUUGCUUGUUUCACAAGCUUCUUCAUUGUCGUGAUACUACUUGUUGCAUAUGGGCUUUUCAGUCAUUCGUUUGUGAUUAAUUAAGUUAAAGUAAAUUAGUCUUACAA